UUUCCAUGUCACAUGCUACAGUAAAAAUACCACAGUUGGAACAUUUCAGAUGUGAAGUAGCGGCCGCCAAUGGUCAAUCCGACACCGCUGCAUGUUCUCUGGGCUUUUUAAAAAAGAGCCAGAAGCUUCAAUGUUGGAUGCCGUGCUAUGACAACGUCACUGCUCCUCCGUCCUCGCUGGGUCGACCCGUCGGUGAUGUUCCUCUACGACAACGGCGGCGGUUCCGAUGAAGUGAGCAAGAACAUGGAGGGUUUUGCUGGUGGCAACUUUGCUGCGAACCAGUGUAGGAAUCUGAUGGCGCACCCCGCGUCCCUGGCACCAAGCACGGCUUACUCGUCCAGCGACGUGCCCACCUCCGGUAUGGGCGAGCCAGUGAAACAGUGUAGCCCUUGCUCUGCGGCUCAGAAUUCAUCCAGCGCGUCCCUGCCAUAUGGGUACUUCGGUAGCGGCUAUUACCCGUGCAGAAUGUCGCAUCACAGCAGCAUAAAGUCGUGCGGAGCGCAGCCCCCCUCCGUGUAUGGAGAGAAAUACAUGGACACGUCCGCCUCGGGCGACGACUUCACCUCUCGAGCGAAGGAAUUCGCUUUUUAUCCGACCUACCCUUCAGGUCCAUACCAACCUGUCCCCAGUUACCUGGACGUUCCUGUGGUGCCAACUAUCGGUGCGCCGUCAGACUCCAGACAUGAGUCCCUGCUACCUAUGGAGAGCUACCAACCGUGGACUCUCGCCGCCAACGGCUGGAACGGCCAGGUUUACUGCGCCAAGGAGCAGCCCCAGCCUGGACAAAUGUGGAAGUCGUCCAUACCAGACGCGGUGUCCCACGCCGGAGGAGACUCUGGCUCUUAUCGGCGUGGAAGAAAGAAGCGCGUGCCAUACACCAAGGUGCAACUGAAGGAACUCGAGCGCGAGUACGGCGCCAAUAAAUUUAUCACGAAGGACAAACGGAGGAGGAUAUCUGCCCAGACCAACCUGUCCGAGAGACAGGUCACGAUAUGGUUUCAGAACAGACGCGUAAAGGAGAAGAAAGUUGUCAACAAAUUGAAAACUAUCAGCUAGUUUUAUUUUAUUUUUAUUACGGACAAUAUCUGUGGGAGAUAAACUACUAGGCCCACACACACAAACACACACACACACACACACGCGCGCGCGCGCGUUUGGACUUAUGGAUUGGAACAACGAAACUCCUUCCUGACUGAACAUGAUUCAUUUGUAUGUUUCCAAAUGAUUUCCCGGAGCCUCUGGAACAAAAUUUCGAGCCCAUGAAUGCUGGACCCUCCAUUUCCUGCCACUUGUUGUUAAAUAUUGCUUAUGUGGAUGAAAAAAAGAGAACAUAUAUAGCUGCAGUAUGUGUGACUUUUUAUUUUCUUUUGGCAUGCUCACUCUCAACACAGGAGAACUGACCCCCAGCUCAGAAAGGUGUGCGCCACCGAGCUACGCCUUUAUCUGCAAGUUUAACGAGAGUGAUAAAUCCGAAGAUUCACAGGAAGUGACAGUGUUACGGAUUUGGACCUUGGGAAUGUUAAAUAUUAAUCUCUUGGCUUCCUUUUUAAAACCUACUCAUAUUCUUAGCUUGUAUGAAGUUUAGUCUUAUCAUAUGAACCCGUGCUCUCAUUCGUAUCCAAUCCAUGGUGCAAUUCUUCUUAUUAUAAUGCUUAGAUAAUCGUUCGGGAUAUGUGUUCAUAUCAAUCCUAGCUUUUAUAAUGUGUGCGUAUUCAUGUGGUUGUAUAUAAAGUAAAUUCCGGCAUGAUAUCCAGGUUGUGUGUGUGAGUCCAGUAUGUCGGUGUUAAAGUCCGUCCCAAUAAAA